AUGGAUAGCUCGAAGGACACGGACGAGACAGCAGGGUCUUUUGAACUUUUGUCAUCACCGAAUGCUCAAGGGAAGCAAGACCUGCCAAAGCCAACCGCAACGCCAGCAGAAGUUCGUGACUAUCUGGUCCACUCACUACACAGUAAAGGCAUCAGCAGAGACGACGCAACAGAAAUCGCUUCACGAUGGAAGUAUGGCAGUGACCGCGAAUUGCGCUCCUACCCUAUCGCAAUGUACCGCAAGACCUUCGGUCCAGACGAUGAAGAAGUGUGGUUGGUGUACAUGGCAGUAAAAGCUCCGUUCUACAGAAAGGAGAACCAAAACAACUUCACCCUGCGCGAACAAGCGUCGAUCCUAACAGUCUCCACGGCCGUGUUCUGCAUCGGAGUCUGGAUGAUGGUUCACCACCCCAACGAUCCAUGGAUAGUCGUUGCGACGCUAUUGCUGAUUCUCGGGAUGGUCGGCGCCGCCUUUGCGAUCGUGGAUAUGUGUGUUGACAAGGAUCCGGAAAAGAAGGCGGAGAGGGAGCUGCAGGAUCAUUGGCGUCAGAAGUUUGGCCAGCAUGGCGAUGGGCCCCCGAAGGAGGCGUGA